UGUUAUUUGACAGUCGUUACGGGUAGUUAGAAGCUAGGAAAUGUGAAAACCAGUCUGAAUAAGGGUAUUGUGUUGCCCAGGUUGAGAAGGUCAGAUGGGCAGUCGCCCCUUGUAGCACUGAUAUUUAGCUGCAUUCGGUUAGACUGGAGCUGACCCCAACAGAGUUGGCAAGAGGCGAAUGAUGAUGAUUUUUUAUUUUAGUGUAGGUAGUGUGUUCUUCGGCGAUACAUAUGUAUUACCAACAACAAUUUUUAUUUAAUUUGCUUUUUCAGAAAAAAAUACACUAAACAUUGCCUACCUAAAAAAAAGGUUUUUUUUCAUGCUUUUAAAAAUGUACAAAUGGACCGUAAUGGACAUGCGGUAGGUAUUUUACCUACACGUUUUACUGAUAUUGAUAUCCAAUGCCAUAAAUGUAUCGUUAUCACUUCUAAAAGCAAAAAGAAGCAAGAAGCCUGAAUACACGCACAGACCCUGGCACUUUACACUAACAUAUUAAAAAAAAGAGUUAAUGGAAAAAACUAUAAAAUAAAAACCAUUUAGUGCUGAAUAAGACCGGCGUCAACUCUCUGGCUUACUGUCAAACAACGGUUAAUUGGUUUUAAAGCUCAUAGCUAACGUGAAAAUUUCACUUGUUUUUAUGUUCCUUUAAAAUAAACCUUAUUUGUUUAGAAAGUAAAGAGAAACGCGUGGAUUGCACAUAUUCUGUUUUGUUCCAAUAUUAUUUAUAGCUUGCAAUAUAGACGCAUAAUAAUCUCAAUACUAAUAAUUAAUAAGUCCAAAUACACAGAUUACAGCAGUAAAACACAAUUUUAGUUUAAAAUACUCGUAACCGCGGCCCUUUGACGUUUUCCUCCCUUUAAAUUAACUAAAAAUUUGUAUUUCCGUCACCCAAGCCAAACAAUUAACCAGAAUGCAUUAAUCUAUGUAGUUAAGACAAGCAUUACAACUUUUCACUUAACGAUUUCAUCAAAACAAACUGGAUCUCAUUUUAUCAAUUGUCAAAGUUUUAAAACUUAAUCCACUUAAGGGCCCUUAAAGGGGAGUGCACAGUGCGCAUGACGCUGCCCUAGCGGGAAACACCAAGGACAUUAGGCGAGCAGCCUUUGAACCGGGAGCACGCCUCCCUCCCUCCGCACUCGGAGAUGGAAUACGCGCGCGAACGGUACUGUGCUCAUGUAAACUUACAAAACUAACUCGACGCAUCGCCGGGACAUUCGAACUUUAAAAAACAGUGCUACUAUUUUUGACCAGUAAUAUGGCAAAAGUGCUCCUGUGUGUUUAUCGCUAAUUACAGAUGCGAUUAAAAGUGUGAUCUCAAAUGGUAGGAUGUGACUGAGUUUUGUUUUACUGUCCUGUGGAUUAGACAAUUAAAUUAUGUAAAUGCGUUUUUCUGAUACCGUGACCAUGAAGUUAUUAGCAUUUAUUGCGUUGUGUGCAAUAACAUCAGCACACGACAUAUCGCAGCUAAAAGUACCAUUGUACGCGGACCCCCGCCGCGCUGCAGAGCUCAGCUGCCACUUCAAGAUGGACGAACAGAAGCUUCAUUCCGUCAAGUGGUACCGAGACACUAACGAGAUAUUCAGAUAUAAUCCCACACAGCAGCCUGCAAUCCGUCUAUUCAACAUAUCAGACGUGAUGGUGCAAGGCGGCGAGUGCCAGCCAGACUACUGCGUGGUGCGGGUCAUGCCGCCUCCUAUAUCCACGAGGGCUGCGUACACUUGUGAAGUGUCGACCGAGGGCCCCAGGUUCCAGAUAGCGAGGAAAACGAAACAAAUGACUGUUGUCGCUAUGCCGCAGGCGGAUCCGGUGAUAAUUGGGGCGCCGAAAGUGUUGAAGCCAGGAGAGCAGGUGUUCCUGAACUGCACGUCCGAUUUCUCCCUGCCACCGUCAGAAAUUAAUUGGUAUAUCGACGAGGAACUACAAAAGCCCGAAAUGUGGCAGAAGACAGAGGUGACGGGCAACCAGCCUGGCGGGCUGCGUCGCUCGUGGCGCGUGCUGCGCGUGCGCGUCCCUCCCACCGCCAGCGGCGCGAUGCGCGUGCGCUGCGAGUCGAUACUGCAAGUCGAUCCGCCCGUAGUGCGGGACGCGAAUACUAUUAUAACUAUACAUUCGCGCACCCAACUCUCCAAAUAUGUGUCUAAUAGUGGUACAAAAGUAGUCAAUACAGUCGUAUUAAUAGCAACAAUUUUAUUAUUGACUUAUAAUGAAAUAUCAAGGUUUACGAGCUUAUGAGAUUCGGUGUGAAAUAUUGUCUGGUGAUAUUAGUUAUAAGUGUAGAUAAUAUUGAGAACGGCCUGUAUUAACCUACUGACGAAUGUCACUACAUUAUGUAUACAAAACAAACAGAUGUUUAACUUUUUGGUACAUUAUGAGGCCAACUGGGUAUGAAAAACAAUCUUUUGGAUCCUUCACUUUCAGCUAGCAAUUAAUAUAAAUUUAUUGCUUCUUCGAAGUGACACAAAACUACUUCGAACAUUGAAUUAAAGUUUGGGAGAGAAAACUCUUAACUUCGCUAUCCGAUGCAUCUUGUUUGAGACGUCAUGUGACUUUAGAAAUCGAUUUGCUAAAACUUACAAUGGCAGUUCUUAAUGGGAACGUAUUAUGUCAUGUUUGUGCUGUGACAUAAUGACUGCACAAUAUAGUUAACUUCUAUCACACCUAACAACACAUAAAAUGUCAUAAUACAUUUUUUACAAUUUGCCCUUUGUAAAGAGUCUAUACACAUUAUGACGUCAUUUGUUAGCCCCAUAAUGUAUCAAAGCGUUUACAACACAAAUGUAACCUUCUUUUUAACACCUCUUUUAAGGAGAGAACUUAAAACCAAAA